UGUGCGAAAUAUUAUUUCUCCCCUGUCUGGAGCAGAAUUUAUCAUUUUAAUAUCGGUCCUGGUAGCGGAAGGACAUCAUAAUAAACAGUUUGCAAUGGAGUCUACAUCAGUGAUAACAACUUAAGAUAAUUGUAUUCAAUAACAAAUAAUUGUGUCAUAGUGAAUGUUACUUUUGAAUAUUAUGUCUUAAAAAAUAAAAUCAGUGCUGUGUUCAGAAUGUCGUCGGAAGUAUUUACGUUGUACGACAGUACCCCGGAUUCUCUUUUAAACAUUUGCAUGGACUACAUCGUGGCCAAUUUGAAUAUUAUCACGAAGUUGGAUCCUACAAGCCGCUGGCGCAAGCUUAAAGAUGAUAUCAUAUUACCAGCUGAACUGUGUGAGAAAUUCCUUCAAACCUACCAAAAGAAGAAUCGUGUCAAUGAUAACAUCGCCAACUUGUUUCGCGAUCGCUCUCGUACUCGACUGGAUCGCGUAAAACUACGCAACGCACGGAUUACUGACGAAGGUCUUCGUUGCUUUGUGGAACACAAGCCAUAUCAGGUGGAACUCAUUCAAUGUGAGUAUCUCUCUCAAGCCUCGCUAGACCUGAUUAACAGCAACAGUGAUAAUCUAGUCUGUCUUAAAUUUGGACCACUUACUUAUGUGGUUUCUCAAGAUGAGGCUAUGAUUCGCCAACGACGUUAUAUCAUUGAUGCGCCGAAAUUACGGCGGCUAACUAUUCAAUGCAGAGGAAUGUCUAUAUUCCCUUUACUACUCCUGAAACCAUUGCACUAUCUUACACAUUUAGAUCUCUCUGAAUAUACAUCUGCGGGUUCUACCUGGGCUCUACACGAGCUAAAGAAUUUGAGGUCACUUGUGCUUCACAGUGUUUUAUGGUCAAAAGAAAUAAUAGAGUGGAUUGCUAGUAUGCGCACUCUACGGCACUUGGAUAUUUCUCAGUCUAAUGAGAGACACGGCAAAUAUUUUAGUCCGAAUGAUGUUUUGUCAAAGCUGGUAACAAGUUUGCCAAAUUUGGAAUCACUGGAUAUAUCUGGUACUAAUCUGGCUGGUAACGGAGGUGCAGUCCCAGCAGCAGGAGGUACUUCAGCGGGAUCUGAGAAUCAUGUCCGUUGUGAUAUCCCUGGGCUUGUGAGUCGAGUUAACCGGCCUUUAGAGUUUUUAGGCUUGUAUGCGACUCAUCAUGGGGCCUGCAAGCGGCACGACAUACCAGCGAAAGUGAUUACAGGCGAUGCAAACGAAGAACAAAUUCUCACAGCAGGUGUUGUUUAUAUGGAGCGUCCAGCUAUGCUGACUCGUGUUUUGAAUGAUUUGUACUAUAUGUUCCGUAGUACUGAGAGAUAUAAUGCGUAUGUCGGACGAGCACUAUGCGUUGUGCUUGAUGCUAUGGAACAACAUGUCUCAGAAAAACACAUCCAGAUUUCUGGCAGCGCCACCUUGUUCUACAUUGUCAAGGGAAAGGAGAAACCUCGCAUCGGUAUAAGGCUUAAACGUCGUAUUAUCACCGCGCUGCUGGACGGUAUGGAUGCUCAUCUUGGUGAUGACACUAUGAUGCGCAAUGGCUGCCUCGCACUCUGCCAGUUUAAGAUUCCUACUGACGUAUUGUUUGAAUACGAAAGGGUCGUGCAGAUUCUACUGACCGGCGUAGCCGAUGUCAACCAGGAAGGCUUCGUGCAGCGCAUCGCUAUAUAUCUUCUGAACUCUCUCGCUUGCCAGGUGGACGGCAAGCAGAAACGAUUCCUCGGGAAUCAUGGCGCCAUAGGUAAAAUGCUAAACCUGAUCGCGGAUCGUCUGGAGAGACACGUCUGCGACGACGUCCUUGAGGUAGCUUGGUCCACUAUGUGGAACGUGACUGACGAAACUCCUCAGAACUGCCAACGCUUCCUUGAAAAUCGAGGCAUGGAGUUCUUCCUCGCUUGUCUUAAGAGUUUUCCCGACAAAGAAGAGCUUCUUCGAAACAUGAUGGGCUUGCUGGGAAAUGUAGCCGAAGUGGCAGAGCUGCGUCCAAAACUUAUGGACAAGCUGUUCCUAUCAGUAUUCUAUGAUCUACUUGAUUCCUCGAGUGAUGGGAUUGAGGUGAGCUACAAUGCAGCAGGCGUCCUUGCUCACAUGGCGUCUGAUGGUCCAGAUGCCUGGACUGUAGAUGAACCAGCUCGAGAUGCUGUACUCGAGCGCAUCGCCUCCGCAGUCGAUAGAUGGGACCGACGUGCUGAGAGGAAUAUAAACUAUCGAUCAUUCGAGCCGAUUUUGAGCUUGCUGCAUGCUCACCACACACCGCAGUGCCAGCACUGGGCCGUAUGGGCUCUGGCCAAUCUUACCACGGUAUACCCUGACAAAUACUGUACCUUGGUGGAAUCUGAGGGUGGUCUAAGACUGCUCCGUUGCCUGCUUCGUCACCCCGGACCCUACGCGAUGAUCAAGGACCUGGCUUGGGUUGUUAUCAACAACUGCGCCAAAUACGCUUCCCGCGACCUGAGCACUCCGCCGCCGGGCUCUCCGGACAAUUAACUAACGGAGUAUUUUGAGGAAAUCGACCCUCACAUACGAGACUAGCAGAUAAUAAUAUUCAAGCUUUUCGUAUUCUGGAUAUCGAUUAUGUUAAGCUUCAUAUUUGGUGUAGUGCUGCUAAUAAUGUACUCGUAAACAGACUGCUAAGGACAGCUUUUUACCCACUCGGGCGUAGUGUUAAGAUUGUCGGUCGAUUACAAGUGUCAGGAACAAUUGGUGUCGUAAAGCCUAAUGGUAUGAUUAAUCAGUGUUUUUGUGGAAAUUAAACGAAAAAUACAAAAAAAUAAUAAUGUUAAGAUAUGUUUUACCAUAUAAAUGUAAUGUUACUACUUCACAUAUACUAGUUGAAUUAAUAUUUUCCUAUGUGUGGACUAGUGUAGCAUCUUAUAUUGUAUUUAUAGUUCUAACAAAGAGUUAAUAUAUUUUUAUGUCUCAUAUAAAUUUACUUUAUCUACAAAGUAAUUUAUUACUAAUAUACAACAUAUUUGGUCCAUAAUAACACGAUGUGAUUUUUAAAAAAUACGACAUAACGCUCUCUUAAAAAAAUU